AAGCUUUGCUGUAUGAGCAGUAUUGCCAUGGUUUUGAUUUAGAUUCUCCUUCCAGUACUGGGGCUGUCCACCAAGGGACACCUCUGCCAUGGGCAAUGCUUCAUGCAGCAAUGCUCCUGUAGAACCCGGAAAGAAGGUGAAGCCGCUGGUGGAGCUGUUGAAGGCCGCCGGCGGUGUGGUGAAAUCGCCCGACGCCGUCGCCAACAAGGACUUCUUGAAGGAGCUGGACGACACCUUUCCAGAGCUGGCCAUUUACAAGCAAGGGCGGAUCCAGACGAGUCCUGGUGUGGAGGAAAUUGCAGAUAGUCCAACUGAGUACUACCGCACCGUGGGAGCGAUCAUUGCCCUGCUCUCCUGCUACUCCUCGGCGAUGCAGGAAGAGUUUGGCCUGGAAUGUGUCUCCGCCGGGAACCGCGGGCCCAUGAGCAUGGACAAGGUGCCGGGGAAGUUUAUUAACCUCGGCAACAAGAAGGAGGACUACAACGAAUUCUGCAGGAAAUUUGCGAUGUUUAUGACGAGCGAAGAUGAUUGGUGGAGUAUGCUCGUCUUCUUAGUGGUGCAUGACGUCGGGAAGAGCGACGGCUUCCGCAAGGUGGUGAACGACUCUUUGCCCUUUGACAUGCGUUCCGAUGAUCACGACCGGGCGCUGGCGUGUGCUUUGUCGGAUCCGGAGCUCAAGAGGAAGCUGCUGCCAACGGUGGCGAAGCUCUCACCGGCUCGGCAGGAGUCCAUCCUGGCAGGCUUUGGCACCAACUUUCAAUUGCCGCAGCUUGGACAAGGAGAGAUCGCUUGCAUCAACUUCAAGGGUCUUUUGGAGUUGGACCGGAAGCACCUCAUCAACGGUACCCUCCACUACUACUUCUACCACUCGAUCUUCGACAUUGCAGGAGCGGGUUGCAAUGAAAAGUUUAUCUUCCCCAUUGCCAUUCAGCCUGUCUACAUGGGUUUCACUGCGGCGAUGGAUGAUCUCAUUCAGAAGCUCACAGACAAUCCCAAGAUCGAUGAUCGGACGCUCUAUUUCAACUUCCUCUACACCAAUUUCAAGAAGUCCUUCCCUGACUUCGAGGUGAGGUUUGCGACGAUGUGUGAAAGCAAAGUCUUCUGCCAUGAAACGGGCUUGGCGGUCUUGAGAGUAUUGGCCUUGACCCGGAACACCUACAAGAAUGCCGAGAAGGUCUGCGAGCUACUCUUAGAGGAUCAUCAUCCUCUGGUCCAGGAGUUGGCGGGCAGUCCAGUUGGACCUCAGAUUAUGCUUUACUAUGGUCCCGAUUUGCUGAGGAUGGGAUUGGGCGAGGACCUCACCGACGUGUCGGGUGACAAUAUGUCAGCGGCACUGGGGGCGAUCGACCACGUGUACCGGGCGGCGAGGCGGACGUUAAUCCUUGCGAAGAGUGGAGACUAUCAAUACCAGUUGAAUGUCUCCCCCAUCGUGCAGGUCAUCAAGAAGGCGGGAAAGGAGUGGAAAGGCGGGAAGCAGCUCUUUGACACCGUCCAAGGAAUGAAGGUGAAGAAUAACGAUCUAAACACUGAAGGCAUCGUGGAACUACGAAGGCCUAGCGUGUACUCCGCGCAAGCGACGUGAUGAGGGCGUGGAUGAUGGCGCCUGUAGGGGGCACACCAACAACUGUGGAACUAGACG